CAUAAUUAUGUUGUUUUUAAUGGACAAGUUUUUGAUUUGGAUCGUCUUCAAUGGACUGUACCAAAUAUCAAAUUACCUGACAUUCUUAAACCAAUGAUGUAUGCCAAUACAAACACUUUUCGUGGUCGGGAUAUGACUCACUUUUUACAAAAGAGUUAUACAAAUAUGCAAUUGGCAAAGUGUAUGGAGGAGACCUUGCGUGUUGGCGUCGUUGAUACCAUAUCUAUUGGUUGUGUCAUUUCCAAUGUCGUAAUGCUUGUAUCUUUACUUUUUAUAGCUGGUGUGGUUUUAGUUAGAUUUUUUUUGGCUGUUUUGUUUGGGUGGAUAUUAAGUUGGCGAUUAGGAAGUUUUCGUGAAGAAACUGCUGAAGAAAUUGCAAAAAGAGAACGGGAAAUUGAGUUAUGGUCAAAUGAAAAUAAUCACUUUUAUCCUUCUACAAGCAACUCAAGAAAUAAUUCAACAACAUCGUUUGGUAUUUUCUCAAAAUCUCGAUUUUCUACACAAAAUAAUAUAAAUGGUAAUGCUUUAGCAUACAGAAGAACUGAUAGUCGUCCAAGUAGUAGAAACACUUUUAGUGCCGGAAAUGGUAUGAUAAAAGAACUUAAUAGUUCAAAAAAUAGCAGACCAUCAUCAAUUAACGAAUAUCCUCAAAGUCGAGCGGAUUCAAUGACAUCUACAUCAUCCGCUGCUCAAUCAUCACCUUUCCAAACUAAUAAUGUUGCCAUUCCUGAUCAACGUUAUAAUUUUCCCCUAAUGCACACUAUUUUAUUGGUUACAUGCUAUUCUGAAGGUAAACAGGGUAUAAAAACAACUUUAGAUUCAUUGGCCAGGACAGAAUACCCAAAAUCGCAUAAAUUACUUCUUUGUAUAGCUGAUGGUACCAUUUUUGGUGCUGGUAACGAUCUUUCGACACCGGACAUUUGUGUUUCACUGAUGAGUGAUCAUAUUAUUCAUCCUAAUGAAGUUGAGCCUCAUUCUUACGUUGCAAUAGCUGAUGGUAAAAAACGUCACAAUAGGGCAAAAGUUUAUGCUGGUUUUUAUCAUUAUCGAGAAUUGGAUGGGAGACAAGAUCGUGUUCCUAUGAUCACUAUAGCUAAAUGUGGUGGCCCUGGGGAGGAAAAUGAGGCAAAAGCUGGAAAUCGUGGUAAACGUGACUCCCAAAUUAUUUUAAUGAGCUUCUUACAAAAGGUUAUGUUUAAUGAAAGAAUGACUCGACUUGAAUACGAACUUUUUACUGCAAUUCGAUCCGUUUGUUAUAUUACUCCUGACUUUUUUGAAGUAGUUCUUAUGAUUGACGCUGAUACCAAAGUUUUCCCUGAUUCAUUGGUUCGUAUGGUUGCUUGUAUGUCACAUGAUCCAAGUGUAAUGGGUCUUUGUGGGGAGACAAAAAUUUCAAACAAAAAUGAUACUUGGGUGACAAGAAUUCAAGUUUUCGAAUAUUACAUUAAUCACCAUCUACAAAAAGCGUUCGAAUCCAUUUUUGGUGGUGUCACUUGUUUACCCGGUUGCUUUUGUAUGUACAGGAUUAAGGCGCCAAAGGGAGAGAAUGGUUAUUGGGUUCCUAUUCUUGCAAAUCCGGACAUUGUUGAACAAUAUUCUGAAAAUAUUGUAGAUACUUUACAUAAGAAAAACUUACUUCUUCUUGGAGAGGAUCGGUAUUUAACAACCCUUAUGCUUAAAAACUUUCCUAAACGAAAAACGUUAUUUGUUCCCCAAUCAGUUUGUAAAACUGUAGUACCUGAUACAUUCCGUGUACUUCGUUCUCAACGUCGUCGAUGGAUUAAUUCCACAGUACAUAACCUUUUGGAACUUGUUCUUAUCCCUGAUUUAUGUGGAACUUUUUGCUUUUCCAUGCAAUUUGUUAUAUUUAUGGAGUUAGUUGGCACUGUUGUACUUCCAGCUGCUAUCUCUUUCACAAUGUAUUUAAUAGUAAUAUCGUUCUUCCAAAAUCCUCCACCUAUA